AUGCUGCGGCAAGUGAUCCACAGAGGGCUCAAGGCUUCGUUCUACUGGUUGGGCUUAUUCGUCAGCAGGCACCCCGUGUUCUUCCUCACCGUGCCCGCCGUCCUCACCAUCAUCUUCGGGUCCGCCGCGCUGAGCCGGUUCGGGCCGGAGCGGGACCUGGAGGUCCUGGUGGCGCCGACGCACAGCCUGGCCAAAAUCGAGCGGAGCCUGGCCAACAGCCUCUUCCCCAUCGACCGCUCCAAGCACAAGCUGUACUCGGACCUGCACACGCCGGGCCGCUACGGCAGGCUGAUCCUGCUGGCCGCGUCCGGGGGCAACGUCCUGGAGCUGGCCGAGCAGGUCCUGCGGGUGCACGAGCGCGUGCUGGGCUUGCGCGUCCAUUACAAGGGCUUCAAUUACACCUUCGCGCACCUCUGCGUCCUCAGCCACCGGGACAAGCGCUGCCUCCUGGACGAUAUAGUCACCAUCUUCGAAGAUAUCAGGCAGGCGGUGCUCGCCAACAGCACCUUCCAUAAGGUGCCACUGAGCUACCCAAACACAACGUUAAAGCCUGAGCUAUCCAAACACAACAUUAAAAGGUGA